AUGAUGUGGAGCAACAAGUCAAAUGAGGUGCCUCUACAAAAUCCAAGGCACAACCAAAACAAGGAUUCUACCAGAGAUCUAACUGCAGCAUGGGCUACUUUUUCUCAGACUAAGGCUGCUCUGCGUCAUAUAGAGAACAAAUUGGAAAUAGCUCCCACCAGCACGGCCGUAUUUGAUUCUGUCAUGGAUGCCAAGAAGCCUUCUGCUAGCGCUAGCAGGAAAAUAAGCAGAAAGGCUUCCCGGUCCUCCAGCCAAAACAAAUCAAGCAAGGAGAAGUCCUCACGCAGCCCUCUUCGGGCAACCACUCUUGAAAGCAAUGUGAAAAAAAGCAAUCGUGUGGAAUUUCGUGAACCAUUGGCAUCAUACAGGGAUACAUACAGUUCGCUGUCUUAUCACAGUUCUAGCCAACUUGAGGCCAAGCAACUGCUCUCUAGUUUGGACCUCAGCGAAGCAGAAGGGAAGACUGAAAUAACAGGCCGCAUGAUACAUGACCGAGAUGAACGGGAUCUACACAGCAGAGAUUUUGAAAGCCCAUGUUCUUCUGCUGCAGAUGAGACUGUUGUUAGAUAUUUGAAUGACCGACCAGCAAUUGAUGCCUUGCAGAAUAAUGAGGCAUUUCUUAGGGUUGCAACACCUCCAAGACUGGAAGAGGAAAAAACUAGUGGCUCCAGAGGAGACGAAAGUAGCGCUAAAACUCCGCAGAGUAACACAUCCCAGGACAGUGAACUGAAAGUGUCUUCCCCUUCUGCCACGAGUACUUCUAGUGCUCAUAGGCUAGAAAUCUUGAAGAGGCGGCAGCAUGAUGCAAAGUUGGAGAAGCUGAAGGAGCGGAUUCGAAAGCAGUGGGAGCAUUCUGAAGAGCUAGGUGGCAGAGGGCAGCACUUGGGAUAUGCUGAGCAACCUGUCGUGAUCACAAACAUGGAGAAUGCAGUGACUCCCAAAGUCAGGAAAGUGGCAGCUGCUCCUGCUGCUCCAUCGUACAGAGGUUUCAAUCCUGCCGAAACAAAGAUUCGCACUGCAGAUGGAAAGAUCUGGCAUGAGGAAGAAUUUCACAUUCGUCGGGAGCUGUAUAGAGAUAUAGCACUCCAGUUAACAGAGGAUUCAACAGUGAAAGGAAAACCUAGUGAGAGAAACAAAGAGAAAAAAGCAACCAGACCAGUGCGGAAAGUGCAAAAACUGACACGGUUGUCAAGUCCAGAGUCCAAACAAGGUGGAAACUAUGUAAUAAGUGCAUCCUCCUGGCGGGAGGGACAAAAGCUAGUAAAAAAGAUACUGGGUCCAGCUCCCAGGAUAGAACAGGACAGAAGAGCUGUAUCUAGUGACAGAACAGGACGAGAGCGAGCUGCCAAGUCUGGCUGUAUUGGAAGGACAGGUUCAGAUUCUAGACUGGAUGUUACCUGUAAAACACCUUCAAGAAGUUCUGAAAGGUCAAGAAGUAAAGUACGGUCUGAGAAUAAUCUGAAGAAACUGGAAGCCGCCUCUGUAAAUAAGGACUUCCUGCCCGUGGAGAUACGUGGAAUUCUCGAUGACUUGCAGUUGGAUUCCAUGAGUACAAGGCAAGAGAAAGAUGUGGAAAAGCAGAAUCAGAAACCUGUUUUGCCUGCUCAAAAUGCCAAGAGCCACAAUCCAACCAAAAGGAAACCGGACAAGAUAGCUGCCAGUGAGGAGCCUCAGGUGAUCUCUAAGAAACGUCACUAUGAUACAGAUGAGGUUCGUCAGUACAUCAUCAGGCAGCAAGAGGAGAGGAAGAAGAAGCAGAAUGAAGAGAAGAAAGCACAAAAGGAGGCAACAGAACAGAAGAACAAAAGGCUCCAAGAGCUCUACAGAAAGCAGAAGGAAGCUUUUACUAAAGCAAAGAAUGUGCCUCCUCCUGAGCCUUCAGCAACCAAACGGUUACAGGAAACCUAUUCUAAACUAUUGCUGGAACGUACAUUUUUAGAAGAGCCACCUCAGCUGCCUACAGUGCAGGAAACACAGCCCAGACCUGGUUAUCAACCAUCUGGGGAAUCCGACAAAGAAAACAAGGCUCAAGAGCGUCCUCCAAGUGCAUCUUCAAGUAGUGACAUGUCGCUUUCAGAACCGCAGCAGCCGCUACUGAGGAGCGAUUUGAUGGAGCCUCCGUGGGUACAGCCAGACAGGUUGAGCCCAAGAGUCCAUCUCUCUCACCCCCAAGCUCUCAUGGGCUCAAGUGGAGGCCCUUGCUCCCAGCACUGGAGUCUGGAGCAGAUGGACCUUUUGUCAAAGGAGUGUAACGCAAUAUUGGCAGGCAGGAGGAGCCAUGCUGCACCCGUGGGAUCGCUGAACUUGAUGCCUCAGCCAUUCCUGAAUUCACCCACUGCACAGCAAAAUCUCUUAGUAAAACCUACUGCUAACCAAUAUAAGAGCAAAUUAGAUCGGAUUGAAGCUUUGAAAGCUACAGCUGCUUCCCUUUCUAGCAGGAUUGAAAGUGAAGCCAAAAAGUUGGCUGGGGCUGCUAUCAAUUAUGGUACCUUGUGGAAUUCAGACCAUGAAUUUUUGCAAGAAAACCAGGAUGAUGGGCGGUGGGCAAAGGCUGUGAGUCCUCCUGUGAGAGAGGAAAAUGAAGAUGCUUUUUCAGCCAGAAUUCAAAAGAUGUUGGGUACCUGUGUGUCUCAUACAGCCUUUGAUGACAACUUUCCUGGAGUAGGCAACCUUAGUGAAUUUAAAAAGCUCCCUGAGACGAUCAGGCCUCAUACUGCUGCAGUCAGCCUUGGAAUGAGGUCCCCUGCUGCUAACAGGCAUGAAGGGAUACUAGGACAUUUAUCUAAGAGACAGACUGACUCUCCAGGGCGUGAAAACCAGGCUUACACUCUGAACAAAGCUGUAAUUCCUCAAGAGUCCAGCAUCGACUCCAUCAGUGAAGGGCCUCUCCUGAGUGACGGAAGCCUCUCUGAAGAGGAAGGAGGCCAGCACAAACAGUUGCCACUGAAGAUGCUGGAGACAUUAAAAGAGAAGGAUUUCUGCAUUCGGGAGAGAAAUGCUUUUGAGCCCAUAAAGGAGCUUCAGAAAGAAGCUGAGAAGUAUUUGCCACUUUUCGCUGAGACAAGUGGCGCACACAGCAAGGGGCCAUGGGAGGAACUGGCGAAGGGAAGUCCCCACAGUGUCAUCAACAUCUUUGCAAAAAGUUAUCAGCUUCACGGAAAAGUGUUUGAUGAAAGGUUGAGUGGAGGGUCUGCCCUCCUGCGCCCUUUACUCCCUGUCAUGAGCCCUCCAGAGAGCGUGGUUUCUUACGAAGAUGAUUUUGCCUCGUCACAGGGAAGCGGCACUUUAACUGACAAAAAGAUUGCACGUGACCUCAGUGUUGCUGGCAGCAGUAAUUCGAGCAUUCAGGAAGAAGUUCCUAGUAGGAAGUCUCCCCAUGAACCUCGAUCUGUAGAGCUUGCUUCUCAGCAUUCAUCUGGACCACGGUCUGCAGCAUCUUCUCGCUCAUCUGCUUCCUCUAAAAAGAGAGGGAAAAAGGAACGAUUGGAGUCUUUCAAUGGAAGUUCUCACCACUUUCCCAUGGAAGAAGAUAAAAUGCUAUCUGAAUUAGAGUGGGGAUCCCAACAGGCAAAGAAGUCCUUAUUGAGUAGCAGAGUUUCUAAUAAAGAUCAUGAGCAGAACCCAGAUACAGACAGCACACUGGAAAACUUGUCUGGACACUCCCUGAUGAGUUUCUCAGACAAGGGAAGAUCCCAGAAGACGCCAACUUCUUCCCCAUCUCCCGGCUCCCAAAAAAUGUUGCAGUUUGAUUCUAUAGGCAAUACAGCAGAAAGAGUCAAGUCACCUGCUGGCUUUUCUGGAAGUACAGCGUCAGGGCUGAAACCUAACGUAGCCUUCCCCGACUUGAGUCUGGGAACUAGUAGGUCUGUAGCAGGAGCAGCCUCAGCGAGUGGAUGUAUGCGCUUCUCCCCUGCUGGUCUUCAGCAUCGUUUAGCAGCAGAAUUGAACUACCUUAGUGCCAUUGAGGAGUCUGUGCGACAGCUUUCAGAUGUAGAACGAGUACGAGGCAUAUCACUUGCCCAGCAGGAGAGCGUUUCUUUGGCUCAGAUUCUGAAGGCACAGCAGCAGCGCCAUGAACGGGACUUAGCUCUUUUGAAAAUCAAGGCUGAACAAGAAGCUUUAGAAAGUCAGAGACAGCUGGACGAGGCAAGGCAGAAGGCAGCUCAGGUCCAUGCAGAGUCACUGCAGCAUCUGGUCCAGUCACGGCAGGAGGCUGUACAAGAGACCCCAUGCAAGGCUGCAGCGAAGCAGGCGGAAACUGCACUUCUCACUACAGAUGCAGCUCACCAGCUCCGUGAGAUGACAGAGUUAGCACGAACCCAAAUCUCCGAUACUGUCAGUGCUCCAGCUGCUCCGGUCACCACCUUGUUUGACCAACAGCGGCAGCAUCAUUCAGAGUUCAUGAAGCAACUGAGAGCCCGAACUGAUACAACCAGGAAAUGUGAGUCUGGUGCUAUAUCACAAGGUAAAGAGGAAACAGGUGACUCAAAACAGACAUACUCACCGAUGUUUGAUAGUUAUUCAGAGUCCUCAAGAUCAAAGGUUCAUGAUCAGAGUAGUACCAGCAGCCGCCAAGAGAGUCCUUCAGUUCCAUCUUCGAAGGAGAAUGAGAAAAAGCUUUCCCGUCGUGAAAAGAUAACUAGCAGUAUUGAAGAGCAGGCUCAUACGGGUGUGGAUGAUUCCUUGCCGAGUGAUAGUAUUUUAUCACUGCCAGAUGAAAAAGAUUCCGCCUCUGUUGCAACAGAGUAUUCCCUGAAAUUUGAUGAGUCCAUGACAGAGGAUGAGAUUGAAGAAAAGUCUUUUCGGUCUUUGCUGCCCUCUGAGAGUCAUCGCAGAAAUAACUUGGAGAAGAAACGGGGUAAUCGUGAUGAUUCUGAUGAGGAAGUCUCCCCAGAAAAAACAGCUCUGUCAUCUAUCAAGGAGCUAAGCAUGCCAUUCUCAGGGGGGCAAGAUAGUUUCUCUAAAUUUACCAUGGAGAUGGUAAGACAGUACAUGAAAGAGGAGGAAAUGCGAGCAGCUCAUCAGUCCUCACUGCUUCGGCUCCGGGAGAAGGCUCUGAAAGAGAAGACCAAGGCUGAAUUAGCUUGGCUGGAACACCAGAAGAAGCAUUUGCGAGACAAGGGAGAAGAUGAUAAAAUGCCUCCUAUUCGAAAGAGGCAGCGUGGUCUGCUGCUGAGAUUACAGCAGGAAAAGGCAGAAAUUAAGCGUCUUCAAGAGGCUAACAAGGCUGCUCGGAAGGAGAGACAACUGAUCCUUAAACAGCAGGCGGAAAUAGAACGAAUCCGUCAGACUACAAUGAAACUGCAGGAAAAACUAAAGUCUGCAGGAGAAAACAAGCUGGAACUUCACAGUGAGGAUGACGUCAAGCAGAGCAAUGGUUCUAGCCCACUUCCAACUGAUGCAGAAACACGCAGCCCUUCCCCAAUCUCAAUCUCCAGCAGUGAGACUAGUAGCAUUAUGCAGAAACUUAAGAAAAUGCGCAGCAGAAUGGAUGAAAAGUUCCUAACUAAGCGAGAACAGAAGCUGAUGCAACGCCGGCAACAUGCUGAAGAAUUGUUGGAGUGGAAACGCCGCCUGGAUGCAGAGGAAGCAGAAAUACGGCGGAUAGAAAAGCAGGCUCUAGCUGCCUGGGACAAAGAGCUGCUCAAAUCCAAAAUAGCCAAGAAAGACCUGGGGGAUCAGAGAACUGAGCCCAAAGAAACGGCUAGUGAAGAAGAGUCUCCAGUGCCUUCUUGCUCUCAUCUGAACAGUGAAAGCUCUAUCCCAGAAGAUCUUGGCAGUCUAGCUGCUGAGUCUGUCCCAUCAGAGACUAUGGGCCAUGGACAGCCAGAAAGCCCAGAUCAGAGUACACCUAAUGAAGAAAUGGUUUAUUCUGAAGAGUUCAAGUCCUCUACCUCACCUGGCAAACUUUCUCCUCCCAAAAGCAGCGUAUCUGUAUCAAAGCAAGAUUCCAGCAAAGGCAGCCAUAGAACUGGAGGACAGCUGCGUUCACCUGUGAAGUCUCAUCAGGUAUCUUACAACUGGUCUGAUGAAUCUUUAUCCAUGACACAGUCAGAAACCACAUCUGAUCAAAGUGACAUUGAAGGACGGAUCAGGGCCCUGAAGGAUGAACUACGGAAAAGGAAGUCUGUGGUUUACCAGCUGAAAAAGGAACAGAAAAAGAGACAAAAGGAGAGACUGAAGGCCCAGGAAGCCAGUUUGAUCAAACAACUGGAGUCGUAUGAUGAGUUUAUCAAGAAGACUGAAGCAGAGCUGAGCCAAGAUCUGGAGGCAUCACUCACAGCCAAACCCCAGAUUAAAACUCCAUCCUCAGCUGCUGCUGAAAAACCUAAGAUCAAGGCACCACCGCUCCAUAGGCCUGAGACAGCUAAAAACUGGAAAUCACUGGCUGAAUCAGAGCGAUCCAGAUCAUCUUUGGAAUCCAUUUCAGAACAUGCAGAUGCUGUGCCAUCAAGAACUGAGAGAUCUGUGUCUGUGCACACCAAGCAGCUGGCUGUGACAGAUGUUCAUGCAGAAGAACCUUCUGCAACAUCUUGCUCAGUUUUAAUGUCACCAAGGAGUUUCAGAGCAGGAUCUGGUGAUUCCUUAGAUAACAUACCCUCAUCAUCUCUUCUCAAAGACGUGAAAGACAUUAGCAGGAUAUUCCAUGGGUCAAUGAACAAUGUGGUAAAUGCAUCCAAUGGUGAGGCUGUCUUCAGUCAUAAAUCUGAGAUACAGGAAGACUUGGAAUACAUAAAGUCCGAUGAAUAUGAGAUUGAAGGUUCUCAUGUUAAGCCUUUGGAGAGUUCUGAUGUCUUGUUGACAUUAGAUAAAGAACAGGAGAGCUCACUGGACAUCCUUCCAAAGAAAGUCCUCCAUUCUGAAAACGAACACUCGCAGAAAGAACUCUUUGGUUUGGCUGUGGAAAGUCUUCAUGGUACGGAAGAAAUCUUAGAGCAGAGACUGGCAGAUAAAGAUGCUGUAACAGGCCCAAGUGUAGAAGAGUCUUCUUGCAAACUGAGCAAAUCAGCAGAGGAAAAAGGUUAUCUGCUUUCAGAACAACUCUUUAGUCAAAAGGAACCAUCAUACCUUGAAGACUUCGAAGGAUCCUCUUCCAGAAAACAAGCAUCAGUUGAAGAAACGCUUCCUGGGGAACGUUACAAAGAUGACUUUGAAGCAUCUCUUCUUCUUUCUCCUAACGGGGAUGCUCAGUCACCGACAGAGCGGUCACAGCACACACAAACCAGCAGAAGUAGAUCCACCAGCCUUGGUAGUGAUGGCGAAAUCAGUGAAUACCUCAGUGACAGGUGUCUGUCUCUCUCUGGCAGCAUGCAUUCAGAGAGGUUAUUAGAACUUAGGUCCCCAACAGAACUUAUAAAAAAUACUGAACGCAGAGAUGUGGAGCAAGAACAGGCCCCUACCGAAUCACCGCUGUGGGCCUCUGUUUCGAUCACAGAAGAAACAGAUAGCUUGCCAAAUUUCAACAUUGGUGAUAGAGUACUUGUGAGUAAAGUCCAACCUGGAACAUUGCGAUUCAAAGGUCUGACUAAGUUUGCCAAAGGGUUUUGGGCUGGCGUGGAGUUGGAUAAACCUGAAGGGAACAAUAAUGGAACUUAUGAUGGUAUUAAAUAUUUUGAUUGCAAAGAAAAGCAUGGUAUUUUUGCUCCUCCUCAAAAAAUCUCUCACAUUACAGAAAACACUGAUAGCCAUUUAGACACAAAUAAGGAUGAAGACUCAUUCUUUGAUGAUGGACUGGAGAAGCAACACAAAGCAGAGCAGAAAGACAAAGGAAGCUCCAAACCUAGCAAGGAGGAUGAACCCCAGAGCAGAGAUGCAACAGAGAACUAUUCCCAGGAUAAAGCUCCUGCAGACACAGCUGUUUCAGAAGCCUCAGCUGGGGAAGGCGUUGAUGAAGAGUCAUCUGCUAAAGCAAACAGCAUAAAGAAGAUUUCUGUAGCUACUGAAUCACUUGCCCAAGAACAGUCAGUGGUGGAUUAUCUGAAGCAUGCUGUAAAAGAGGAGGCCAGCCUUGCUCCUCUCAUUUCUGGUGUUGUGGAUGAGAUUUCCACUGUUCAGUUGGAUGACGUCUCAGAUUUCCUUUCUGAAAAACUGGAGAGGCAGAAGACACUGGGGGAAGAAUGUGCUGAAAAGUUAGAUGAUCUCUCUCCUGGAGUUGUGGAGAAGCCUGCAACUCCACUUCUGGAUUUGCUGACAAAAGAAAAGAACCAGUUAGAAGCCCAGCUUAGACUACCGCUUAGAGAGGAAGAAAAGUCAAAAGACCAACUGGAAAAGGUCAGUUUGCUGACAGACAGUCUGCUUAGAGAUUUUGUGAAAGACACCGUCAAUCAGUUACAGCGAAUAAAGAAGGUCAGGAAUGAGAAAAUCCAGCUCAGCAACCAGGAGCUCUGUGAUGUGAAGGAGGAAUCCGGUACCCAAUCCCAGCAGGUAGAAAAGCAGAUUCCUGACGGACUAAAUAACUUUUUUCUAAGUUCCGAUUUGGAAGAUGAAAGAGAAGAACUUUCCUCUCCAGACAUGUGUCCCAGACCGGAGAGUCCAGUGUUUGGUGCCAGCGGUCAGGAAGAGCUUGCCAAGAGACUGGCAGAGCUGGAGCUCAAUCGGGAGCUCCUGAGUGUGCUGGGAGAUGAUCAAGACUGGUUUGAUGAGGACUAUGGCCUGAGUUCCCAUAAGGUCCAGCAGAAGCAAGCUGAGGAACCAGCAGUGCUGCCCAAGGUAGAACCGCAGAAGGUGCCAACAAAGCCGUGUGAGGAGCCUUUGGCGGUCCCUCAUACUGCGGUGGAGGUGGAAGGUAUGGUGCAUGCAGCAGCUGAGGAACUCUGGAAACUGAAAGAGCUGGGUCAUGAUCUUCAAAGUUUCAACCUUCAUACAGAUCUUAGUAGUACCCUCAAAGAGCAGGACACAGACACUAUAAACAAGCAGGUUUAUAAAAAGGUGGUAUUUGAUUUAACAAGAGAGAUCUUUGGGGAAAUCUUUGCUGAGGAUCCUAAUCUGAAUCAGCCUAUUUGGAUGAAACCAUGUAGGAUCGCAUCUGCUUACUUUCGCCGAGUGAAAGAUCCAAAUGAUCUGGAUGAAAUCAAGAGCUUCAUUGCAGCUGAAGUACUGAAGUUGUUCAGCCUGAGGAAGGAGCCUAAUCACAAAACAGACUGGCAGAAGAUGAUGAAAUUUGGGCGGAAGAAACGAGACAGAGUGGAUCAUAUACUGGUGCAGGAACUUCACGAGGAAGAAGCACAGUGGGUGAACUAUGACGAGGACGAACUGUGUGUAAAGAUGCAGUUGGCAGACGGGAUCUUCGAGGCCUUAAUCAGAGACACUGUUGAUGUACUGAACCAGAUAAAUGAGAAACAGCGGAGAUUGCUGCUUGUCUGACAGUGCUGAAAAUAAACUUACAGCUGCGUAACCACUGAGUCACGGGCCUUUCUGACUCCUGACGUACUCUCCACCCUGCAAGCGCUGCUGCUGGACUUCCACGCAUGGGGUUUAAAGGCAGUUCAGAUGUGAUUAAAAGAACCUGAAUUUGCAUCCGCUGC